AUGGAUCGUGUGAUCGGACUAAUUGAUAUGGACUGUUUCUAUGCACAGGUUGAACAAAGAGAGCAACCUGAGCUGUGGGAUUCGCCGGUGGUGGUAGUUCAACAUGCUAGAGAAGGAGCUCCAGGAGGGGUCAUUGCUGUAAGUUAUGAAGCUCGAAAAUUUGGCGUAAAACGAGGAAUGAUGAUUCCUGAAGCGAAAACCAAGUGCCCCGACUUGAAUGUCUGUUUCGUUCCUCAAGGGGAACAUAUCGAUAAGGCUGACAUUCAAAAAUAUCGUGAUGCCAGCGUUGAGGUGUUCGACGUUCUGAAUGCUUUUGACGAGCGAAUUGUGGUGGAACGCGCUUCAGUUGACGAAGCAUUCUUGGACCUUACCGAAUUUGUUGAUCAAAGACUAAUUGAGUCUGGAGCCGCAGAGAUGCUGCAGGAGGUAAGCCGUUUCUCUUCACAGUAG